AUGACAGGCAUGAAAAGCAUCACCAGUAUAGAGCGCCCCAACGUGCCGGAGAAGACCCUGGGCGCCAGCGGGCGCUACGAAGGCAAGAUCGCGCGCAGCUCGGAGCGCUUCAAGGAGCUCACCCCCAACUACAAUCCCGACAUCAUCUUCAAGGACGAGGAGAACACCGGUGCUGACCGCCUCAUGACCCAGCGCUGCAAGGACCGUCUGAAUUCGCUGGCUAUCUCUGUCAUGAACCAAUGGCCGGGUGUGAAGCUGCGGGUGACCGAAGGCUGGGACGAAGACGGUCAUCACUCAGAGGAGUCUUUACACUAUGAGGGCCGUGCGGUGGAUAUCACCACCUCAGACCGAGACCGAAAUAAGUAUGGACUGCUGGCGCGCUUGGCAGUGGAGGCCGGCUUCGACUGGGUGUAUUACGAGUCCAAGGCCCACGUGCAUUGCUCUGUCAAGUCCGAGCAUUCGGCUGCUGCCAAGACGGGUGGCUGCUUCCCUGCUGGAGCCCAGGUGCGCCUAGAGAAUGGGGCACGUGUGGCCCUGUCAGCUGUGAAGCCAGGAGACCGGGUGCUGGCCAUGGGGGAGGAUGGGAACCCCACCUUCAGUGAUGUGCUCAUUUUCCUGGACCGUGAGCCAAACAGGCUGAGAGCUUUCCAGGUCAUCGAGACCCAGGACCCCCCACGUCGGCUGGCACUCACCCCUGCCCACCUGCUCUUCAUUGCUGACAAUCACACAGAACCAGCAGCCCACUUCCGGGCCACAUUUGCCAGUCAUGUACAGCCAGGCCAAUAUGUGCUGGUAGCAGGAAUGCCAGGCCUACAGCCAGCUCGGGUGGCAGCUGUCUCCACCCAUGUGGCCCUUGGGUCUUAUGCUCCACUCACAAGGCAUGGGACAUUGGUGGUGGAAGAUGUGGUGGCCUCCUGCUUUGCAGCUGUGGCUGACCACCACCUGGCUCAGUUGGCCUUCUGGCCCCUGAGACUGUUUCCCAGCUUGGCAUGGGGCAGUUGGACCCCAACUGAGGGGGUUCACUGGUAUCCUCAUCUGCUAUACCGUCUGGGGCGUCUCUUGCUGGAAGAGAGCAGCUUCCAUCCGCUGGGCAUGUCUGGGACAGGAAGCUGA